UGUAUUAGUUUAUAAGUGGUUUUCCGCUCAGAUGCUCACAGAACACAAGACAAGCAUGAGGUCUCUGUGUGUGCUCGUGGCCCUGUUGGGGGCAGCCGCUGCGCAAGUCGGCAAAGAAUGUGUUCCGCGGAACUUUGGCUUCGACAGUGUGGCAUGUGUCUGUAAUGCCACCUACUGUGAUGAGAUGGGCGACGUUGCCUUCCCGGACACUGGCUUUUUCACCGUUAUCACUUCCUCGCGAGAUGGCCUGAGGUUCAGCCCGGAGACGUUGGCUGUUCAGGAUGCUCCGGCAGCCGACUCCGUGGUGGUGAGGGUGGACCACAACAAGGAGUUCCAGACCAUGAUGGGCUUCGGAGGCGCCUUCACGGACUCCGCCGGCCUCAACAUCGUCAAGCUCUCCGAGGCCGCGCAGGAAAACGUUAUGAGGUCCUACUUCUCCCCCGAGGGCAUCGAGUACACCCUGUGCCGCAUCCCGAUCGCCGGCAGCGACUUCUCCGUCCGCCCUUACUCCUAUGACGACGUCGAAGGCGAUGUCGCGCUCGAACACUUCGCGCUCGCCGAGGAGGACGACCUCUAUAAGAUCCCCUUCAUCCUCAGGGCCCAGGAGCUGACCCGCCGGCCCCUCCAGCUCUUCGGGUCGCCCUGGUCCCCCCCGGCCUGGAUGAAGACCAACGGCAAGUUUAACGAGUCUGGGGAACUGCUGAAGGAGAUGUGGCAGCCGUACUCAGACUAUUUCGUCAAGUUCGUCGAGGCGUAUGAGGCCGCGGGCAUUCCGAUGUGGGGCCUCACCACGCAGAACGAGCCCCUGAGUGGCUUCGACGACAACUGGGGCUGGAACACCUGUGGCUGGACGGCAGAGGACAUGCGCGACUGGAUCAAGGCGAACCUCGGACCCACUCUGGAAGCUGCUGGCAUGAGGCGUCUGGUGCUGAUGAUUGAUGACUUCAACAGGGAUACUCUGCCGUGGUACCCGAAGCCGAUGCUGGAGGACCCCGCAUCCGCCCAGUACAUCGACGGAACGGCCGUGCACUGGUACUCUGAUCAGUGGGUCGGCCCCUCGGUCAUGGACGAGACGCAGAUGCUCUUCCCGGACAAGUUCCUGCUCUACACAGAGGCUUGUGAAGGUUGGGACGCCCCCGCUGAGGACAGUGUGAGGCUUGGACAGUGGAGCCGCGCUGAGAAAUACGCUCAUUCCAUCUUGGAGAACAUUAACCACUUCUCGACUGGCUGGGUUGACUGGAACAUGGCGCUGGACAUGGCGGGCGGACCGAACUGGGCUGAUAAUUAUGUGGAUUCCCCGAUUAUCAUCAACCCUGACGCGGACGAGUUCUACAAGCAGCCCAGCUUCUACGCCAUGGGCCACUUCAGCAAGUUCAUAUUCCCUGGAGCCAAGAGGGUGUUCUCCACCACGGUGUCUGAGGAGGACGUCGAGGUGGUGGCCUUCCACGAAACAUCGGGGAGGAACGUCUUGGUUUUCCAUAACAGAGGUGAGGAAGCGAAGAACCUUUCAGUCGCAGACGAGACCGGAACUUACCUCAACUUCCCCAUUCCAGCCAAGGCUCUUCAGACCGUCCUCUUUUAACAAGCAAGGAAUCAAGGGGUGACUUAACUAAUUAGAUAACUUUGCACUAUAGUUGAUGGAAAUCAUAUUGUGGAUAAAGUCACUCAAAUGGAGUAAUCUCUUUAUUAUGUAUGUGUGCGGAUGAAUCAAUUUAUUAAAAUUCUACGUACAUAAUAAUCUGGGAAAUAGAAUAUGACAUUAGUUGAAGAGAAAUGGGAAAAUGGUGCUGACAAAUGGCGCGCGAACGAGGAAUAUUUAAAAAUAUUUAAUACUGACAAAAACAAGAAAUUAUAAUAAAUGCAGGUUGAAUAUA